AAGCGAAAACUGCAUUGGAUAAAACAAGGAAGGAGGCUCCAGUGGUAUAAGUGGAUUUAAGGGCUUGGAAGGAAAACAAGGACGGUAGUUAACGUUAUCUCGUUGUCGAAGGUGUGGUUUUGGCGAGGGUAUGGAGCACCCUGUACACAGAGUGGAGACGAUGCCUAUUGGACUACAUGACAGAUCCCUCGUGGAGGACGACGACGCUCACAUGAAAGUUGCUCUGGGUUAUGGUGAUAUGGGCAUCUCUGCUCACCUUCAGGCAUCAAAGACUGGAAACACUCGAUUUUUCACAAGCAACACACACAGCUCAGUGGUUCUUCAGGGAUUUGACCAGCUGAGGAUAGAAGGUUUACUAUGUGACGUCACACUGGUGGCUGGGGACGGCGAUGAAGCUUUCCCUGUACACCGCGCCAUGAUGGCCUCCUCCUCCGACUAUUUCAAAGCCAUGUUCACAGGUGGAAUGAAAGAACAGGAUUUAAUGUGCAUCAAGCUUCACGGAGUUAACCGAAUAGGCCUGAAGAAGAUCAUUGACUUUAUCUACACGGCCAAGUUGUCACUCAACAUGGAGAAUCUGCAAGACACACUUGAGGCAGCCAGCUUUUUACAAAUCCUUCCUGUGCUGGACUUCUGCAAGGUUUUUCUUAUAUCUGGGGUUUCUCUUGACAACUGUGUUGAGGUGGGGCGCAUCGCUAACGCGUAUAACCUCACAGAGGUGGACAAAUAUGUCAACAACUUCAUCCUAAAAAACUUCCCCUCACUGCUGGGCACGGGAGAGUUUGUCAAGCUACCAUUUGAACGGUUGGCUUUUGUACUGUCGAGCAACAGCUUGAAACACUGCACUGAGUUGGACCUGUUCAAGGCUGCUUGCCGCUGGUUACGCUACGAAGACGGGCGUAUGGACUUUGCCCCAAAGCUCAUGAAGAACAUCCGCUUUCCCCUCAUGAACCCACAGGAACUCAUCAAUCACGUGCAGACAGUGGACUUUAUGCGCACGGACAACACCUGUGUCAACCUUCUCCUGGAGGCUAGCAACUACCAAAUGAUGCCCUACAUGCAGCCAGUUAUGCAGUCAGAACGGACAGCCAUCCGCUCAGACAGUGCCCACCUGGUCACCCUGGGUGGUGUUCUGCGCCAGCAGCUAGUUGUGAGUAAGGAGCUGCGUCUUUUUGAUGAGAAGGCUCAUGAGUGGAAGGCGCUGGCACCCAUGGAUGCACCCCGCUACCAACACGGCAUUGCCGUCAUCGGUAACUUUCUCUAUGUGGUGGGUGGCCAAAGCAACUACGACACCAAAGGCAAGACAGCAGUGGACACCGUGUUCCGGUACGACCCUCGCUACAACAAGUGGAUGCAGGUGGCAUGCCUUAAUGAAAAACGUACCUUCUUCCACCUCAGUGCACUCAAGGGACACCUCUACGCUGUCGGUGGAAGGAACGCUGCCGGGGAGCUUGCUACUGUGGAGUGCUACAACCCAAGGACAAAUGAAUGGACGUAUGUUGCCAAAAUGAAUGAACCACAUUAUGGCCACGCUGGGACGGUGUAUGGUGGUUAUAUGUAUAUUUCAGGGGGAAUCACUCAUGACACUUUUCAGAAGGAGCUGAUGUGCUUCGACCCAGAUGCAGAUAAAUGGACUCAAAAAGCACCCAUGACGACUGUGCGCGGCCUCCACUGCAUGUGCACAGUGGGCGACCGCCUUUACGUGAUCGGGGGCAAUCACUUCCGGGGCACCAGCGACUACGACGACGUGCUGAGCUGCGAAUACUACUCCCCCGCCCUCGACUUGUGGACUCCUAUCGCUGCCAUGUUGCGAGGCCAGAGCGACGUGGGCGUGGCCGUGUUUGAGAAUAAGAUCUACGUGGUGGGCGGCUACUCGUGGAACAAUCGCUGCAUGGUGGAGAUAGUACAGAAGUACGACCCCGAGAAAGACGAAUGGCACAAAGUGUUUGACUUACCCGAGUCACUGGGCGGGAUCCGAGCCUGCACAAUCACAGUUUUCCCCCCUGAGGACAUGUCAUGCUCGCCCUCCAGAGAGUCGCCCCUCUCAGCACCUUGAUGAGUAAAGGGGGUGAGCCCUGUUUUGCUCAUACCCCCGUAACCCCUCGCCCACCCGAC